GUGCCCUCCUCCUGGCCCCUCGCUCUCCUCAGCCUCGGUGUCUUGAAAUUUGUGUUGCUGAGUCAGCAAGCCUUUCAGAUUUGCCUGGGUUUUGUUGUUUGCGUUUUCUAUCAAGAUGGGAACUCGAACAAGUCAUUUCUCCUAAGGAUCGGGUGUCGCCACCAAGAAGGGACGGUUUGUGCCAGCUCUCCAGAGAGAAAAGGUCUGCUGGAAACACUGGGCAAUGAGCCGGAGACACCAGCCCGGAGUGGUCUGAAGCCAUUUGGGAAAGCAGAGAGAUCCUGGGGAAGAUGGCCAUGGCCCCAAGCUCUUCCUUGGCUCAGGGGUACACCAGCCCUGGGGCAGUGGUCGUGUGGGAGUGGCAGGAUGAGAUGGGCACCUGGCACCCCUACAGUGCCACUGUCUGUAACUACAUUGAGCAGCAGUUUGUCCAGCAGAAGGGCCAGCGCUUUGGGCUGGGGAGCCUGGCCCAUAGCAUCCCCUUAGGCCAAGCUGACCCCUCGCUGGCCCCUUACAUCAUCGACCUCCCCAGCUGGACCCAGUUCCGCCAGGACACUGGCACCAUGCGGGCUGUGCGGAGGCACCUGUUUUCCCAGCUCUCAGCCCCGGGCCAGGGCAUUGUCUGGGAGUGGCUGAACGACGAUGGCUCCUGGACAGCCUAUGAAGCCAGCAUUUGUGACUAUCUGGAGCAGCAGAGGGCCAGGGGCAACCAGCUUGUGGACUUGGCACCUUUGGGGUACAACUAUGUCAUCAACUAUGCCACCCACAUACAGACCAACAAGGUUUCGAACUACUGCCGUAGCGUGCGGCGCCAAGCAGGGCCCCCUUACCCAGUGACCACCAUCAUCGUUCCACCAGGCCACAUGGGAGUCGCCUGCUCUUGCCAUCAGUGCCUCAACAGUCGCAGAACUGGCCCUGUGUCAAGUUGCUAUCGCCACUCCAUGACCAGCCUCCCUGCAUACCCUACCCCUCAGACCCCCCAAAGGACUGCUGUUAUCUUUGGGGCCCACCAGGCCUUUGCCCCAUACAAUAAGCCCUCACUCUCUGGAGCUAGGUCUGCACCCAGGCUGAACACCACCAACCCCUGGGGUGGGGUGCUGCCCUCCUUGGGGAACCAGCCCUUUUACUGCUCCAGCCUCUCCCACCUGGGACCUCAGCGCCAGCCCCCAGGAUCAUCCACUGCCAGUGGAGCCAGUGCCUCCAUGCCCAGCGGUCCUGUGAGCAGCCCUGGGAGCGUCCCCACCACUGUGCCCGUGCAGAUCCCGAAGCCCAGCAGGGUCCAGCAAGCCCUUGCAGGCAUGACGAGUAUUCUGAUGUCAGCCAUCGGACUCCCUGUGUGUCUUAGCCGCGCACCCCAGCCUGCCAGUCCUCCCGCCUCCUGUCUGGCCUCUAAAAGUCACAGCUCAGUUAAGAGAUUGAGGAAAAUGUCCAUGAAAGGAGGGACUCCAAAGCCAGAGCCCGAGCAGGUGAUCAGAAACUAUACUGAAGAGCUGAAGACAGCCCCAGAUGAGGACUGCAUCAUCUGUAUGGAGAAACUGUCCAUGGUGUCUGGGUACAGUGACGUGACCAACAGCAUGACCAUUGGACCAGUGGCUGUAGGCCGCCUCACCCAGUGUAGCCAUGCCUUCCAUCUGCUCUGCCUGCUGGCCAUGUACUGCAAUGGAAAUAAGGAUGGAAGUUUACAGUGUCCUUCCUGCAAAACCAUCUACGGAGAGAAAACUGGGACCCAGCCUCGGGGGAAGAUGGAGGUGUUCAGCUUCCAGGUGUCCCUCCCUGGCCAUGAGGACUGCGGGACAAUACUCAUAGUUUACAACAUUCCUCACGGCAUUCAGGGCCCUGAGCACCCCAACCCCGGGAAGCCGUUUACUGCCAGAGGGUUUCCCCGCCAGUGCUACCUUCCCGACAAUGCCCAGGGCCGCAAGGUCCUAGAGCUGCUGAAGGUGGCCUGGAAGAGGCGACUUAUCUUCACAGUGGGGACGUCCAGCACCACAGGCGAGACGGACACGGUAGUGUGGAACGAGAUCCAUCACAAGACAGAGAUGGACCACAACGUGACAGGCCAUGGCUACCCCGACCCCAACUACCUGCAGAAUGUGCUGACUGAGCUGGCUGCCCAGGGAGUGACUGAGGACUGCCUGGAGCAGCAGUGACCACCAGCUGGCAGCCAGCCGCCCAUCCCCACUGCCGGCUGGGCUGCUCUUGAGAUGGGCCGGCAGGAAGGUGCUUUCGGCAGGAGCUGGCAUGUUUACUGGGGGGGUGGGCAUUUUCCACCGAAGCUGGGGCCUCUCCUGUUUGCCUUUCCUCCUUCCUCUUCCCCUCCAGGCCUAGAUUUGCAUGGGAAUCCGCAAGCCUGGGGAGUUGUACUUGUGGGGGCUUAAGAUGCUGCUACCUCAGUGCUGGGGGCCUGGCAUGGGCUGAGGAGAGACUGCCCCCCCCCUAGCCAGGGGCAGGCAUGGGUCUGGGUCAGCUUCUCAUACCUCAGAUGUUCUGUUUGCAAUAAAUGUCCAAUAGCCAAAGUCA